UUUAAUUUUUUAUGUACGAUUUAUUCUCAUUGUAUAUAGUUUCUAGUUCUCGUUUUCUUGGUUUUGAGUUUUUGUCUACUUGCACAAAGAGGAACAAGAAUGGAGAUUCUCAUUGCGAUCGGUGAAAAAAUCAUUGAUUACACGGUUGAACCAGUCACAAAGUGGCUAUGUUACUCGAUUCACUACAGCAGCAACAUUGAGAGUAUGAAGAAGCAGGUAGAGAAGUUGCAGAAUGCUAGAAAGAGAGUGCAACAUUCCGUUGAUGAAGCUAUAAGAAACGGUGAAGAAAUUGAAGAUGAUGUUAACACAUGGUUGAAAAAGGUGGAUGAGAUUACAGAAGAGACCAGGAAAGUUCUUGAAGGUGAAGAAGAAGCGAAGACAAGGUGUUCUAACGGGGCAUGCAUGAACUUGAAGCUGCGGCAUCAACUAAGCCAGAAAUCAGAGAAGAUAGUGAAAGAUAUUGUUGAAGCGCAGGAAAAUGGCAAAUUUGUGAGCGUUUCCCACCGUCCUGCUACACAGGGGAUAGAGACUAUCGGAUCUAUGGAUUACGUGGACUCUGAAUCAAGAAUGACAACAGUGAAUAGACUUAUGGAGGCAUUGAGAGAUGAUAAUAUCCACAUGAUUGGGGUGUGGGGGAUGGCUGGUGUGGGAAAGUCUACGCUGGUUAGAGAAGUUGCCAAGCAAGCCAUUGGAAAAAAGUUGUUCGAUGAGAUGGCUAUGGCAACUGUGACCCGGAGCCCCAACCUGACAGAAAUUCAAAGAGAAAUCGCAGACUGCCUACAUCUAAAGUUUGAUGUGGAGAGUUCUGUACCCGGAAGAGCAACUCGUCUUUGGGAUAGGUUAACAAGAGGCAAGAAGAUACUUGUUAUCCUUGAUGACAUAUGGGAGACUAUUAAUUUGAAGGAAAUAGGAAUUCCUUCUGAGGGAUGCAAAGUAUUACUAACCUCCAGAAUUCAAAAAGUAUUAUCUGAAGAUAUACACGUCCAAAAGGAUUUUGUGCUUAAAGUUUUACCUGAAGAAGAAGCAUGGAGUUUAUUUGAGAAGAUGGCCGGCGAUUGUGUUAAAGACCCUAAUUUGCAGAGCAUAGCAGCUGAGGUAGCUAAAGAGUGUGCUGGUCUGCCUCUUGCACUUGUAACGGUCUCUAAGGCAUUAAAAAAUAAGGAGUCAUUUGAAUGGGAGGAUGCCUUGCAGCUACUAAGAAGACCUGCUCCCGAACACCUUAACGAAAUGCUGUCAAAGAUAUAUUCUUCUAUAGAGCUGAGUUAUAAACAUCUUGUAAGUGAAGAGGUCCAACACGUCUUUUUGCGUUGUGCUGAAAUGGAUUUCCUCAUUGACUAUCGGGACUUGUUGAAAUAUUGUUACGGUUUGGGUUCAUUUCAUAGCAUUAAUACAUUGGGAGAAGCGAGAAACAGAGUAUAUACAAUAGUUCAAAAUCUGAAAUACUCUUGUCUGUUGCUGGAUUGUCCUCAUAGUUCUAAGGAGUUUCAUAUGCAUAUGCAUGAUGUUGUUCGUGAUGUUGCUAUGCUAAUUGCAACAAAGGAGCAUAAUACGAUCAUCGUGAGAGAUGCUGAUCGGCUAAAAGAAAGGCUAGAUGUGGAUGUACUCAAAAGUUGCAAGGAGCUCUCUGUUAGUGGUGGAGAUUUCCAUGAACUUCCUAACGAAAUAUUGGAAUGUCCAGAAUUAAGACUCCUUUUUGUGUAUGGUGGAAAUCGUUCUUUGGAAAUCCCAGACACUUUCUUUCAAGGGAUGGGGAGGCUCAAAGUUUUGGAUUUCACCAGAAUGCAACUUUCAUCACUUCCUUCAUCAAUUCGUCUCCUUAGAAACCUACAAACAUUGUGCCUGGAUGGUUGUGUGUUAGGAGACAUAGCUGUAAUUGGAGAGCUCAAAAAUUUAGUGAUUCUUAGCCUUAUGGAUUCCAAAUUUUCACAUUUGCCAAGAGAAAUAGGGUUGUUGACUCAUUUGCAGUUGUUGGAUUUGAACAAUUGUUCCAAACUUGAAGUGAUUCCACCUAAUGUCAUAUCAAGCUUGGUCGCAUUAGAAGAGUUGUAUAUGGGAAACACUUGUGUCCAGUGGGAGGCUGAAGGAAAUGCUAGUCUUGUUGAGCUAAAUCAUUUGUGCCAUUUGAGCACUUUACAUAUACAUAUUCCAGAUGCCAGCAAUCUGCCAAAAGGUUUGGCUUUUGACAAGUUAGAAAGAUACGUAAUAUUGGUAGGAGAUGUAUGGGACUGGUCUGGUAGGCGAGGAGAAGCCUCAAGAACAUUAAAACUCAAGCUGAAUACAAGCUUUCAAUCAGAGGUUGAGAUUAAAAUGCUAUUGAAGAGAUUAGAAAAUCUUUAUUUAGAUGAGCUAAAGGGUGUUCAGAGUGUUCUACAUGAAUUGGAUUGGGAAGGCUUUCGACAAUUGAAGCAUCUCCAUAUCCAAAAUAAUCCUGAGAUUAAGUAUAUUAUUAACUUGAUGAUGUCGGUUGUUGCCUUUCCUGCUUUGGAGACUUUUCUUCUCAAAAAUAUGACUAGCUUGGAAGAAAUAUGUCAUGGCCAACUUCCCAGCUUGAGAUCCUUUGGUAAGUUGAGAGUUGUAAAAGUUGAACAUUGUGAUAAAUUAAAAUUUGUCUUCUCAUCAUCCAUAGCUAGGGGCCUUCCUCAACUUGAAGAGUUGGAGAUAAGAGAAUGCAGCAUCAUGGGUGCAAUAGUCAUGAAAGAAGACGGUGGAAUAGAAGACCAACAUACAUCCUUGUUCCCUCAACUGCGUCACUUGGCACUAGAUCGUCUUCCAAAGCUCUUGGGCUUCUUAAGCACACAAAAUUCACUCGUAAGUGAUGCUGGAGAAAUUAUCUCGGAAGGCAAGCCGCUUGAUUUUCACAUGCCAAUUCUACAUGAACAGGUUGUUGUGUUCCCCAACUUGGAAAAAUUGGAACUAUUCUCAAUAGGCUUGGAAGACAUACAGCACAACCAACAUCAGGCAACAAGGUUCUCUUGCAGAUUAGAAAACAUACAAUCAACAUCGAGGUUUGACAAUUUGUUACAGUUGGAUGUGAAGGGCUGUGGUAAUAUAAAAUGUCUACUAUCAUUCUCUACAGCCAGACGUAUGGUGCAACUCAAACACCUUCACAUAGUCGAAUGUAAGGUCAUGGAAGAGAUACUACUCACUGAAGAUUUAGGAGUAGUAGGAGAAAUAAUUCCUAAGGAGUUGUUUCCACGACUAGAAUGCCUAGUCCUAAAAAUGCUUCCAAUCCUAAAAAGAUUUUGUGAAGGAAGUAAUAUCAAAUUUUCAUACUUGAAGCAGCUAGUGAUAGACAAUUGCCCCAAAUUAAAGACAUUCAUAUCUAAACAUGUUAGUUUGGGCAUGACAAGUAGCAAAGAAGUCAAGGAAAUGAACGUAGAGGAGAGCCAUUCUACCACUGUGCAACCUCUCUUCAAUGAAGAGGUUAACUUCCCUCGUUUGGAAAACUUGAUUAUCUCCCACAUGGAUGACUUGAAAAUAUUAUGGCAGAACCAAUUUGCCAUAGAUUCCUUUUGCAAGCUUCAAAGUAUAAAAGUUGAAUUUUGUGAAAAUCUUACGAACGUCUUUCAAUCUGAUAUGCUAGCAAGAUUUCAGAAUCUAGAGGAACUUGUCGUAAGUGAUUGUGGCUCACUGGGGGAUGUAUUUGAACUGCAAGGGCUAAAUGUUAAAGAAACGCAUGCUGUCACAGCCAUUCCAUUGAAACUGCUGCAUUUGGCUCGUCUCCCCAAUAUGAGGCAUGUAUGGAGUAAAGACCCCAAACCAAAUUUCAGCUUUCAAAAUCUAAAAAUAGUGCAGGUCGUGAGAUGUAGGAGUUUGAAAAGUUUAUUUCCGGCAUCCGUGGCCACAUGUCCCACGCAAUUGGAGCAACUUAUGAUAACUGAUUGUGGGGUUGAGGAAAUUGUUGCAGGGGAAGAAACGGCACAACCAAUAAAUAAGUUUGUCUUCCCCCGAGUAGUUGUCCUGCAUCUUGCAGUGCUACCAAGACUAAAGUGGUUUUACCCGGGAGUUCAUACUUCAGAAUGGCCAAUGCUGAAAGAUAUGUUGGUGGCUUGGUGUCCAAAAGUUGAGAUAUUUGCGUCAGAACUUUCAAGCUUUCAAGAGAGCCAACUUGAGAUCCCCAUUCAGCAACCCUUUUUCUUGGUUGGUGAGGUUCCAUUCCCUAGUUUGGAGAAGUUGAGAAUCUCCUACAUGGCUGACUUGAAGAUUCUAUGGCAUAACCAAUUCACUACAGUUUCCUUUUCCAAACGUCCUCAGAUUAUAAAAUUCGAGUUUUGUGAAAAUCUUACUGUUCAAGAAACAUGUGUUUUUACAGCCACUCAAUUAAAAGAAUUGUAUCUGGAGCAUCUGCCAAAACUGAAGCAUAUAUGGAAUAAGGACCCCCAAGAAAUUUUCAGCUUUCAAAAUUCACUUGCAGUACAUGCUACGGGAUGUGAGAGGAUGGAAAGUCUCUUUCCUGGUGCUGAGGAAGACUUUCCUGAAAUUCAGGAAUUUGAGAUGGACAAUUAUGGGGUUAAGAAAAUUGUUGUGAGGGGCCUAAACUCGAGUGGUUUCCCCCAGGCCCAGGAGUUCAUACGUCAGAUUGGCAGUUGUUGAAAGGAUUGGACCUGUAUUAAUGUUAUCAAGUUCAACAACUGAGCAAACUAGAGACCUGCAUUUAACACCUUCUAUUCUUGGUUGAGAGGCAAAUGUUCAGAAUUCUAAAGAAGACGAAGAUCAUUCUUAAUAUGCAACACCUAGAAUGUGGCUUUUCUAUGUUUAGUUUGUGGCACUAAUUAAGGAUCAAGUGUUCUCUCUUUGAAGUCGAUCAGAGGGACAUUAAACGGGGAUAAUCUUUGGUUAUUUGUUUAUAUUGCUUUUUUAUUUUCUUGUUUUGUGAUGUAUUAAAAAUAGAAUUAAAAAAAAAGUAUAAUAUGUAUUUUGCAUGAUACAAUAUUAUUCCUUCCUGAAGUGUAAACUGCUACUUUCUAAUAAGUGGCAAUAGGAUAA